AUGGUUGUUAUUUUUGCACAAUCGUUGAACCACACAGCCGAUACCCAUCACCAUGUGUCCUCAAGAGCCAUUACAGCACCGACGAUUGUUCAACCCUCCGACUAUGGAAGAAUAGAGGAAGUACGCAUUAAAAAAAACCAAAGUUUGCUCAUUUGGAAGAGUGCAAAUGGAGCUUGUCGUAUCCCACCUUUAAUUCUGAGCGCUUUAAAGAUAAUCAUGCAGAGGCAAGAUGAUGGCAAAUGGCAACACGAUCUUUACGAACAACCUGAUCCACAAGUAUCAAAUAAAGGAUUUGAAGUGUAUAGGAUUCCAUUCCCGUUGUCAAGGGGAUAAAGACAGAGUGAAUCAAAAUUAUGUUAUUCAGAUUCAAUUACAGUUGCCAACUUUCAAGACAUUCUUGGAUCUUGUUGGGAUUCAUUUAACAGGGAAGGAUUCAAUUACAUAGUGAUGUGAAACAACCAGCAUGAUAAUGACUUUGUAUUCUUACAGAAUUGACUUGUUAUUCAUUCAGAA